GCACGUGCAGACGAUGAAAUAGCAAUUGUAUUAAUGCGCGUGUUAUUUUACUUUUGUAUGACAAAAAAGUGUUAAAAGCUUUAGUUUUGAUUUGAUAUUUCAAUAACACAGAUAGAACAGUGAUCAAAGAUUCAUCACAGAUGGCGGACGAUAUUAAAGAAGCUUGUACACGUGCGUUUGCUUCCGUCGACGUGAAUGGGCGGGGAUAUAUCUCACGUGACCAGAUGAUAUUAGCUCUACGAAUAUUGAAUUUCAACCCAAUAGAUAGUGAAGUCGAGGACAUGCUACAUGAAAACGAAAGUCAAAGUUUCACAUACGAGGAGUUCGUUAACUUUGUAUCUAGAAUGAGACUACCUUCUUUGGAAGAACAGAAGAUGGAUCUUAGGGAAGCAUUUGCACUUUUUGACAGGAUGAACACAGGAUUCAUCUUAAAAGAUGAAUUUAUUGAAAUUCUCACACAAUGUGGUGAGAUGAAGAUUGACGAAAAAGAAGCAAUGUCUUGGGCUGAAAUGCUAGAUCUUCACAAAGAUGGCAAGUUAAGAAUCUCUGAACUAGAAGAAUUAUUCGUGAAUGAUGAAGACGCUCAGAGCAUAUUAAACUCCCAAUCCUGGGAGUCAGUGUAAACACAAUAUCGAAUACAACAUAAAGGAGGACAAUAGAACAAAGUUCAACUUCUAAUUCUGUAAAACAAUGUGACACAACAGUGUAAUUUAUAAUAUAAAUAUUAAACAAAUACAGAAUA